UAAAAAUGUCACUUGACUAAGUCAAGUUGACUUUGACAUGAUUUCUAGAAUAAAGAAAUAUUUUAGUUUUAGAUCCUAACCUGAAUGUUCUAAUUUAAGUUCAGAAUUUGGAAUAAUACUAACUACGACUUAUUUUACAAUCAUGUCAGGAAUAAUGUCUGCGAUUUUUCAGCCACUGAAGCUUGUUAGGCAAAAUUUGUUUCAAAUGGCGUCGACAGUUGCUCCCUGCACAACAAGUCUAGCUAAGCCAGAUUGUUUCUCGGUAUCUUCUAUUAGAACUAAAGUGCGAUGCUACUUCCCUCGACCGAACGAAGUCCGGAGGGUGAAUCGACAUGGCUGGAAAACGAGAAUGUCAACCCCCAAUGGUCGCAGGGUCAUUAUGCGGAGACUGCUCAAAGGAAGAUUUGUAUUAACCCAUUAAUUACUUAUCAAAAUACCAGAAGUCUUAGUUACUGAGAUAAGUUCACUGUUUAUAUGGGUGAUGUUAUGUAGUGUA